UAAUCCCGUCAGCAGAAGUGCGGUCCCGUGAUCUCUCGCGAUGGCUCACACGCACGCUAUUGCCGAGCUGCCCUGAAGGCGGAGCAGUUGUUGGCGUUCGGUACUGGAGGUGGACCUCAGUAAGAAGAAAUAAGGUUGCUGUUGACUGUGAACACCAAUCAUGUCAGAGCUGAGUGGGAAGGUCCAGACAGUCCUGGGUCUGGUGGAUCCGGACCAGCUGGGCCGCACCAUGACCCACGAGCAUCUGACUGCGAGCGCUGAGUGCUGCUACUUCCCUCCUCCUUCAGGCAACGAGGCGGUGGCGGAGAACCCGUUCCACAUGCAGCACAUGCACUGGCUGAGACAGAACCCCUACAGCUCCCGCGAGAACCUGCUGCUGCAGCAAGAGACCGUGGCUGUACGGGACGAGCUGUUGGCCUACAAGAAGGCCGGCGGGGGCACCAUAGUGGAGAACACCACCACGGGCAUUGACCGAGACCUUCCCACCCUCAGGCAGAUGGCCAGGGACACCGGGGUCCACAUCGUCGCAGGAGCAGGGUACUAUGUGGACUGCACCCACACGGAGGCCACCAAGAGAAUGAGUGUGGAGAAGCUCACAGACAUCAUUGUCAGCGAGGUGCUUCACGGUGCCGAUGGCACAGACAUCCGCUGUGGCGUCAUUGGAGAGAUCGGCACCGGCUGGCCCAUCACAGACAGUGAGAAGAAGGUACUGAGGGCCACAGCUCACGCUCAGGCCCAGCUCGGCUGCCCCGUCAUCAUCCAUCCUGGGAGGAGCCCUGCAGCUCCGGCUGAAGUCGUGCGGAUCCUUCAGGAAGCCGGAGGUGACAUCAGCAAAACUGUCAUGUCACACCUGGACAGGACCAUAUUUGAUGAAGGUGAACUACUUGAGUUUGCAAAGCUGGGGAGCUACCUGGAAUAUGAUCUGUUUGGCACAGAGAUGCUGAACUACCUGUUUCACCUGGAGGUGGACAUGCCCAGUGACAGCCAGAGAGUGAAGACCUUGGCGUUCCUCGUAAAGGAGGGCUACGAGGACAGGAUAGUGGUCGCACACGACAUCCACACCAAGAACCGUCUCACUAAGUACGGCGGCCACGGCUACUCUCACAUCCUGAGGAACAUUGUGCCGAAGAUGCUGAUGAGGGGCAUCUCGCAACACCAGGUGGAUAAGAUCCUCAUCGACAACCCAAAACGCUGGCUGACCUUCAAAUAAAGCAAAAAAGAAGUAAAGAGAGAUAGAGAGGAAGACAGAGAGAGAGACAGACUUGACGAAGACAUUUUUCAGUGUUGCAGGAUGUUUUGUAACUUUGUCCUUCUAAAGUUACAAACUAAUUGCAUUCUGUUGUUUCAAGCAGUAGCUCAGGGUUUGUUUUUAUAUAGGCACCCUCGUUAAUUAAAACUUGAUUUUAUAUUUGUGAUCGUACAUAAUUCACUUUGCAAACAAAUUAUAUAAAGGCAAAUGCAGCAUCGCAGUGUCUCAAUCA